CCCCUCCCCUCCCCUCCCGCGCCUGCGCUUCCUGCCGGAUUUAUCUUACGUCCGGCACAAUACCUCGCGCUGCUACUUACACUUCCGGCCGUCUCCUUGCGUCUCCCUCGUACACCGGCCGUCGUCGUCUGCACCGGGCCCUGACGACCGUUAAGGCCCGUCAUCGUUUCGGUCCCAUCCGGUAGCCCAGAAGAAGAAGAAGAUCAGACGAAGUUGUUCGCCCUUCCGGCGGACUUGACCGCCUGGCGAUCCCUUGUCUCGAGCAUCCAUGGUCUCUUCCCAUCCCAUUUUCCUUUGUACACUUCACGUGCUCCAUCCUUCUCCAUUGUCUCAUCUUCAAUACCAUCUGCAGUAGCAUCUUCCUAGCUUCUAUACAAUUUUUUAUAAGCACUCUUGCCAUACGUAACGUGGUACCACCAGCAUAGCCAACAUGGAAAUCUUGGCUUCAUGCGAUCGAUUAUAGAACCAACCCAAAUUGCGAGUGAUUUUGAUUCUCUGUUGCUGUCCAUUUGGCCCUAUCCUCUCUCUCAUUGCAAAUAAUAUUCUCCUGUCCGGUGUUAAAAUUCUUUGAGCUCCAACAUAGCUUUUGGAUGAGAAAUCUAGUCGAGCAGAGACCCCGCGUGUUCCAACCGAUAGUAGAUAUCACUAACUCUUACCAUCUUUUUAGCAGAGUUUUAAUCAAAGCUGAAACAUCACCACGCUUUGAUGAACUUAAGUAUAUAUUCGUCUUGAAAAUUACGUCUCGUCUGUAUUUUAGUAAUCUCUUUGGAUACAAUCAAGUCACGGCCAGCUUUUUGCGCUGUAUGUUCAUCCAUGUUUGACCGAAUUAUGGAGCCACCAAUGGAGUCAAGAUUGAGAGUCCGAGUGAAUUACUGCGCACGGAGAGAAGAAGGGGUGGGCGCACGUAAUGGCAUCCCAACCUUGAUGAUGCUCCACUACAUGGAGGGAGGGCUGGGGGAAUGGCAAACGUGAAGCUAAGAUUCGUCUUCCAAGUUCCGUGCAUGUCAAGUUGUAGCUCGGACUCCUCGGAGGGUGUGGCAAUAGGCUCGUCAGACAUAGUUCGAAUGAGCUAGCGGAAAACAUUUCACAUUUCAACUCGGAGUUAUGAGGGGACAAACCGAUCCUUAUCUGCAUGUUCACUUAGUUUCCAUACAGAAAUUGGUGGUUUGCGUGGUUCGUUCGUGUGCAUUUCCAGGGAGACCUGGACGGGCAAUGAACAAAGAUGAAGACCCAAGCUGCGUAGUUAUUGAAGGAACUUUCUGCAAUUUCGUUUUAGUUUUCAUAAACAUGAACCAAAGCACAUGAUAUGUCACCAUUUUAUCACAUGCCACCUUGAGGAAGAUCACGAUCCGUUAGCAGAUUUCAUUGGAUCGUAAGACGAAGAUAUUAUUGAAGUGCAAGAGAGAAUCCAACUGAAACAACGUACCUUGUGACUUUGUUUGCCUUGGGAUCAAAGGUUUCGCCGGAAGGAUGAAGACUUCCCUGACUGCAUGCCUGCAAGAAUAUGAAUACAAGGAUGGUUAAUUGUGCCGAUUGCGUGACCAAUCAAUUCGUGAAUCAUGAACAGGCUGAGCAAGCACAGACUUCUGUGCGGCAGUGUCCGUGAUUUUGCGUAUCGAUGUUGUCCACGAUCUCAUUUAAUAGAUUAGACCCAUGGAUAGAAUUUGUGACGACUACUGUAGCCGGUUAGUCUGUCAGUCCCGUAUCGAGUCCAAUGAGGCAUGAUCAGGGGAGGAACUUUUCACGGAAACGUUCAGUCGUGGUACACAAAUUAAAAGAAGGAGAAAUGAAGGGGCAGAUGGAAGAGAUGGGC